AUUUUGAACUGAUAUUUAAACCUGGUCAAAUCAAAUUUUAUCAUUGGAUUCAAGCCUCCAUUCAGGAUGUUUGUAUUGAAGAGUUUCAUUAUCCUUGCCGUUGGAAUGUACAGUUCAUCUGUAUCAGCCGGAUGUAAGUUCAGCAAUGAUGAUGCAUUAAAAGAUGAACCAACUUUUGGCGACUACAAUGUAGAUCAAGGUGCAGGUUUUAAAUGGAAAAAUGUAAAUGGUAAAACAACUGUUCCAUACAUAUUUGAAAACGUGGACAGGAAUACUCAAGCUGCUUACAAGAAAGUUAUGAAAGAGCUUGAAAGAGGAUCUAGAUCAUGUAUAAGAUUUAAACAAACAACCAAUACAAACCAGAAAUAUUUAAAGAUAACGGAUGGAACCCCAUGCUAUACAGGUGGUGCAAUUGGUGGAGAGGUUAAGACUAAAUGGAGUUCUUGGAAACCGGAAGGAGAGCAGACGCUAGACAUGGACCAUAGGCUGUGUAGUGCGAACCCUCGGGGCUUAGAAAGAUAUUUGGGAGUAGUACGUCAUGAGUUUCUUCAUGUGUUUGGUUUGCAGCAUACACAAACUAGACAGGAUAGGGAUGAAUAUAUUCGGGUUAACUACAGAAAUCUAUUAAACGAUGGAAAAUCUCAGUAUGAAAAAUGCAGGAACUGUAAAACAUUUGGUGCUCCAUAUGAAUGCAAUUCAAUAAUGCACUACGGCGCUAAUGACUUUGCUAUAAACUGGAGGACACCAACUAUGACUCCUGUAGACAAAAAUACAUGCAAGAUAAAUCCUGGCACCAAUCUAACUAAUUGGGACUGGAAGCUCCUACGCAAAGCAGCUAAUUGUCCUGGAAGUUAAUCAAUGCUUAUUGGUUCAAAAUCUGAUCAUUGGCAUGGCAACUAUAAUAAUUUUUAAGUUUUAUAAUUUUUGGAUAAAUUUUGCACCGCAGAGAAAAUGCACUUUUGUUUUUUCUUGUUUAUUUGGUUUAAAUAAAAAAUUGGACAAUACAAAUUAUAAUAGUUCAAAAUCUGAUCAUUGGCAUGGCAACUAUAAUAAUUUCUAACUUUUAAAAUUUUUGGAUAAGUUUUGCACCGCAGAGAAAAUGCACUUUUGUUUUUUCUUGUUUAUUUGGUUUAAAUAAAAAAUUGGACAAUA